AAUCUAAGCCUCGCAGCACAGAGGUCCUAAAGAUAUUCUCUUUCUCUCUCUCACGGUCUCACCACCCAAAUUCUUCAACCUCUCGAAAAUAUUUCAGAAAUCUGAAAAAAGAAAAGAACGCGCAGAAAAAGGAAAAAAAUAUUUACAGGCAGCGUAAAAUAUCACGAAGAUUUUGGUCAGAAAUCGGCGUGCGGAGAACUAGCAGAUUUAGAAAGUGUUCCUACAAGCUACCGAGAUUUGGAGCCUGGAGGGAAACGUUAAGGGCGGGAUGUUGAAUUACGAUAUUUUGAUUCUUGAUUGGUAGCGGUUUUGCGGCUACGGUUGCGGCUGCGGCUAAAUUUUAUUUGUAGGAAGAUUAUUUUUUUCUAUGGCUGGUUCGUGUGGGAGGUGGAUUGAUGGUCUUCAAUUCUCUUCUUUGUUCUGGCCUCCGCCGCAGGAUGCACAGCAACGAAAGGCUCAAAUUACUGCUUAUGUUGAGUACUUUGGUCAAUUUACAUCAGAACAGUUUCCAGAGGAUAUUGCCGAGUUGAUCCGUAACCGCUAUCCAUCAAAAGAAAAGCGUCUUUUUGAUGAUGUAUUAGCUACGUUCGUCCUUCACCAUCCAGAGCAUGGGCAUGCGGUUGUUCUUCCAAUUAUUUCAUGUAUCAUUGAUGGUACGGUGGUGUAUGAUAGGACCAGUCCUCCAUUUGCUUCUUUCAUAUCCUUAGUCUGUCCGAGCAGUGAGUUUUUGCAGAAUGAAUACUCUGAACAGUGGGCUUUGGCAUGUGGAGAGAUCUUGCGAGUUUUAACUCACUACAAUCGCCCAAUAUACAAGAUGGAACAACCAAAUGGUGAUACAGAAAGAAGCAGUAGUGGCUGUGACGCUUCCGCAAGUGACUCUAUUGACAGGCAAUCUAUCCAUAUUCCUUUGGCACAAAAAGAGAGGAAACCUUUGAGGCCUUUGUCUCCCUGGAUUACGGACAUACUGCUAGCUGCUCCUCUCGCUAUCAGGAGUGACUACUUCCGAUGGUGCAGUGGUGUUAUGGGUAAAUAUGCUGCUGGAGAACUCAAGCCACCCACAACUGCUUCUUCUCGUGGAUCUGGAAAGCAUCCUCAGCUCAUGCCAUCAACGCCACGGUGGGCUGUUGCUAAUGGUGCUGGUGUCAUAUUAAGUGUGUGUGAUGAUGAAGUUGCUCGCUAUGAAACUGCUACUUUAACGGCAGUGGCUGUCCCAGCACUUCUGCUUCCUCCUCCAACAACAGCUUUGGAUGAGCAUUUGGUUGCUGGCCUGCCAGCUCUUGAGCCAUAUGCACGCCUAUUUCAUAGGUAUUAUGCCAUUGCUACUCCGAGUGCCACCCAGAGACUGCUUCUUGGACUUCUAGAAGCACCACCAUCGUGGGCUCCAGAUGCACUUGAUGCUGCUGUCCAGCUUGUGGAACUCCUUCGCGCUGCUGAAGACUAUGUAUCUGGCAUUAGGCUUCCAAGGAACUGGAUGCAUCUGCAUUUCUUGCGUGCAAUUGGGACUGCAAUGUCCAUGAGAGCAGGAAUAGCUGCCGAUGCUGCAGCAGCUCUACUUUUCCGCGUACUCUCACAGCCUGCAUUACUUUUUCCUCCAUUACAACAAGUUGAGGGAGUCGAAGUUCAACCUGAAUCUUUUGGAGAUUAUGGUUCAUCCUAUAAAAAGCAGAGAGAAGUGCCUGCGGUUGAAGCAACUAUUGAAGCUACUGCCCAAGGGAUUGCAUCAAUGCUUUGUGCCCAUGGCCCUGAGGUUGAAUGGAGGAUUUGUACCAUAUGGGAAGCUGCAUACGGCCUGAUUCCAUUAAGUUCCUCUGCGGUUGAUCUUCCAGAAAUCAUAGUUGCAACUCCUUUGCAACCUCCCAUAUUAUCAUGGAAUCUGUACAUACCUCUCCUAAAGGUCUUGGAAUAUCUUCCUCGUGGUAGUCCAUCAGAAGCAUGUCUCAUGAAGAUAUUUGUUGCUACCGUUGAAGCGAUUCUUCAGCGAACGUUUCCACCUGAGUCCUCUAAAGAACAAACCAGAAAAACAAGAUACCUUUCUGUCAUAGGAUCUGCCUCCAAAAACCUUGCUGUGGCGGAGCUUCGUACUAUGGUCCAUUCACUUUUCUUAGAAUCAUGUGCCUCUGUAGAGCUUGCUUCACGCCUGCUUUUUGUGGUGUUAACUGUGUGCGUUAGUCAUGAGGCUCAGUCCAAUGGGAACAAGAAGUCAAGUGGAAUAGCAACUUAUCCCCCUAAUGAAGUCAUCGAGGACUUACAAGCAAUAUCUGAAAAGCAAAGAGAGAUGAAAACUAGGAAGUUAAAAAAACAAGGGCCUAUGGCAGCAUUUGAUUCAUAUGUUCUAGCUGCGGUUUGUGCUCUUGCCUGCGAGCUUCAGUUAUUUCCUAUGAUUUCAAGGGCAGGUAAUCACUCAAGUUCAAAAGAUGUAUCACACGUAGCCAAGCCAAUGAAAAUAAAUGGAUCUACCGAAGAGUUCCAAAAUGGUAUUGACUCAGCUGUUCACCAUACUCACAGAAUCUUGGCAAUUUUAGAGGCACUUUUCUCGCUGAAGCCAUCUUCUAUUGGAACCUCAUGGAGUUACAGUUCAAACGAGAUAGUUGCUGCAGCCAUGGUUGCGGCUCAUGUUUCUGAACUAUUUAGAAGGUCAAAGGCUUGCAUGCAUGCUCUUUCGGUCUUGAUGCAAUGCAAGUGGGACAAUGAAAUUUACACGAGGGCAUCAUCACUGUACAACCUCAUUGAUAUUCACAGCAAAGCUGUGGCAUCCAUCGUCGACAAGGCUGAACCAUUAGAAGCACACUUGAUACACACACCAGUAUGGAGAGAUGCCCUAAUGGGUUUUGAUGGCAAAAAACAAAAUCAAUGCAAAAAUGGUGUUUGCUUUGAUUCAGAGCAGCCAUCUACCUCACAGUCUUUGUAUUCAGAUACUAAAUUUAAUUCUGAAAGAGCACUACACUCGAAUGAAGGCUUAGGGAACACCUUGGGUAAAGGUAUUGCAAAUUUUCCAUUAGAUGCAUCGGAUUUGGCCAACUUCCUCACAAUGGACAGGCAUAUAGGAUUUAACUGCAGUGCAAAAGUUCUUCUAAGAUCUGUGCUAGCAGAGAAACAAGAGUUAUGUUUCUCUGUUGUGUCAUUGCUGUGGCACAAGUUGAUCGCGGCUCCUGAAACCCAACCAAGUGCAGAAAGCACUUCUGCCCAUCAAGGUUGGAGGCAGGUUGUUGAUGCGCUAUGCAAUGUUGUGUCAGCAUCACCAACAAAAGCAGCUACAGCAGUUGUUCUUCAGGCGGAGAGGGAAUUGCAGCCUUGGAUUGCCAAAGAUGAUGAUCAAGGUCAGAAGAUGUGGAGAAUCAACCAACGGAUUGUAAAAUUGAUUGUGGAGCUCAUGAGGAAUCACGAUAGGCCAGAAUCAUUGGUGAUUUUGGCAAGUGCAUCAGAUCUACUUCUGCGUGCAACGGAUGGGAUGCUCGUUGAUGGAGAAGCUUGCACUUUACCACAGCUGGAGCUACUGGAAGCCACGGCUAGAGCAAUUCAGCCGGUGCUGCAGUGGGGAGAAUCUGGGUUGGCAGUUGCAGAUGGCCUUUCAAACCUCUUAAAGUGUCGGGUACCGGCUACCAUCCGAUGCCUUUCUCAUCUGAGUGCACAUGUUCGCGCUUUGAGCACAUCCGUUCUUCGAGAUAUUCUGCACACUGGUUCAAUCACAUCUAAUUCUAAACCUGUCAACAUAAAUGGCAUCCGCGGUGCUGCUUAUCAGUAUUUCAGUUUAGACGUUAUUGACUGGCAAGCAAGCAUUGAGAAAUGCUUAGCAUGGGAAGCUCACAGCAGACUUGCAACCGGAAUGCCUAUUCAAUUUCUUGAUACUGCCGCCAAGGAAUUAGGCUGUACUAUUUCCACAUGACUUAAAAGAGUAGCUUUUGCCAGCCC